UGGACCGUGAUUGUUGGGCGCCCAAAAAAUAAUUUGAUCAUGUUUAUUUCGUUGUUUCAACAGUCGCCCAUUCAGCUGCUCAUUUUUGUUUUCUCUCUCCAUUUCUCAAAUACACCCCCGCUUAUCGGCUCAUCACCAUCAACAUAGUUGUUAUUGAUUCAAUCAACUAAAUUUGUUUUAUUUUUUAAAAUAAAAGUGACAACAAUUAUAACAACAAAAAAUUCUUUUGUGGGCAAAUACGAAUUGAUUUUGAAUAUAAUUGUAAUAAUAACCGGUGAGAAUGGGUCAAGCUUUUUCUGAACCGGUUACUGAAAAAGAAUCCUCAACCGAAAAGAAUGAUAAAUUUAUUGUAGCAUCAUCAUCGAUACAAGGAUGGCGUAUCAGUAUGGAAGAUGCACAUACAAUAUUAUUAUCCAUGCCCGAUGAUCCAGAAGCAUCAUUUUUUGCUAUAUUCGAUGGUCAUGGUGGUGCUAAAGUUGCAAAUUAUGCAAGUGAAAAUCUACAUCAAGGUCUUUGUUCACAUCGUUUAUAUCGUGAAGGUCAGAUUGAAGAGGCAUUGAAAAAUACAUUCAUUGAAUUCGAUGAAAUGAUGUUCAAUAAUGAAAAAAUGCGUGAUGAAUUGGCCGGUUCCACUGCUGUUGUGAUCCUUAUUAAAGAUCAUCAAAUCUAUUGCGCAAAUAUUGGCGAUUCAAGAGCUGUAGCAUCAUUUAAUGGUAAAGUAGAUGCAUUAUCCAUAGAUCAUAAACCAACAUGUGAAGAUGAAAUGAAUCGUAUUAUAUCGGCUGGUGGUUGGGUACAAUUCAAUCGUGUAAAUGGUAAUCUAGCAUUAUCACGUGCAUUCGGUGAUUUUGUAUUCAAACGUAAUGAAAAACGUUCAGCAACUGAACAGAUUGUUAUUGCUUAUCCAGAUGUUCAAACCAGGCCAUUAACAUCGGAUUUCGAAUUUACAAUAAUGGCUUGUGAUGGUGUUUGGGAUGUAAUGACUAAUGAAGAAGUCAUUGAAUUCAUUCGUCGUCGUAUAUUUUAUCGUCGCGAGCCGAUUGCUAUUUGUGAGGAAUUGAUAACUAGAUGUUUGGCACCUGAUUGUCAAAUGGGUUGCGGUAUUGGCUGCGAUAAUAUGACAGUCAUAUUGAUUUGUUAUCUAAAUGGUUCAACAUAUGAUGAAUUCUGUGAUCGUAUAUCAAAUAUAUACAGUCAAACUAUAACUGGUAAUAUUAUUUGUUCAUCAACCAAUCAUAAUCAUAAUGACGAUGCUAUUGACAAUGAUCAAACAACAAGACAUAUUAUUGGACCAAUCACACAUGUUUCAGAUUUUGAUGCUUAUGAUCAUGUUAGUCACGAUGCCAAUCAUGAUGAUGACGAUGAUGAUGAUGAUUCAGAUGAUGACGAUAAUGAUGAUGAUGAUAAUAGCUCUCAUUCAUCAAUCAGUUCUGUAGAUAAUAUUGGUACAUUGGUCAAUAUUGUUGUUUCAAAUAACAAAACAACCACAACAAAUUCUACUAAUACUACUGCAACAUCAAAAUCAAUUGUUUGUGUUGAUAUUGAUUCAUCAACAACAACAACACAAACAACAUCUAUUCACAGUCCAAAAUUAUCUGUAUUAUCAAUCGAUGAUCAUCGUCCUAAUCAACAACAGCAACAAACAAUCGUUAACAAAUCUAGUCAUUUGAUGAAUCCAACAACAACAUUGAUUAGUGAUGAUACUAAUAGUGACAAUAAUGAUGGUAAUCAUAUUAAACAUCAUUCAGCAACAACAUCAUUAUCUUCAUCACCAAAUUCCUCAUCCAAUUUGAAUUAUAAGAUUGAUCAUAAACCAUCAUCAUCAUUACAUCAUCAUCAUCCUCAAUGAUCAUUCAAUCAAGCACAAUACUAGUCAUCUGCAAAUAUACUAUAUACUUAUUAUACACACACAUUUUCCAAUCCAACACACACACAUUCAGUCCACUCAUCAAUUUUGCCUAUUAACAACAAAAAAAGAAAGAAAUUUCCAUCAACUUUUUUUGCUUCUUCAAAUUGAACUUAAACAAAAAAUGAUUACUUUAUUUUUAUUUAU